GGGAGAGCAAUGGAGGCCGCGGGCGCCUGAGAGCUGGCCGCGCUGCUGGGGCUGCUGCUGCGGAGGCUCGGCGGGCUGGGACAUUCCCGGGACGCGCGUCGUCGGUCAUCACUCCCUUCACCGUGGCUCGCGGUGAAACCUCAGUUCCCAAGAGCUGUGAUCCCCAGGCUGUCCCGGUGUUGCAUCCCGGUUCCUGACACACAUACCCACAAGGGUGGGUCUACCUCUUCGCAAGAGGAAAGGUUUGGUGGAAAAUUAUCCAGCAACAACAGGAUCUGGGUCCCUUCAGAGCGUAACAUUAAAAAGCCAUGACCUCCGAGGAAAUUAAACUAACAAAGACUGUCCGCAGCGAGGCUGUGAGCGCUCAAGUCUCAGACAAGAAGAAGGGAGGCAAGUUCCAGCCUUUUAAGAAGUUGUUUGGCAAAAGGAAAAAGAAGAGCACCCUGCUUUCCGGGGAGGAACCAGCUGAGAGGCAGAGGCACGCUCCCCGGGGUUCCAGCAAUGGGACCUUCUCUUCAGAUGAGGAGACCCUGGAAAGCAAUCUGAGGUCCUCCACCUGUUCUAUGGGAGCACGGGCGUUCUCCCAUGACAGUAUUUUUAUCCCUGAUGGGGGAGCAGAAAAUGAGCAGACAGUUCAAGCAAUGUCACAGGACAACAUCCUGGGCAAAGUCAAAACUCUUCAGCGACAGUUGGGCAAGAAUAUCAAGUUUGGGCAGCGGCCAUCGAAUGCCAUUCCCAUGAAGAAGGCGGGCAGUGCGGACGCUAGCUCUGAUGAGGACUUCUUCCUGUCCAGUCCCAUGGAAAUUGUGACUCAGCAGGAUAUUGUCCUCUCAGACCCAGAGAACAAAUCCAGUGACACGCCAAGUUCCUCCAGUCCUCUGAAUCUACCUGAAGCCAGAAGUGAGAUGGAAGAGAAGGUUGCUCCAGUUAAACCCUCUCGGCCAAAAAGGCACCUCUCUCCUGCUGGCACCAUCGAAAGUGUCAACCUCGACGCCAUCCCCCUGGCUAUUGCCCGUCUGGACAACAGUGCCGCCAAGCACAAGCUCUCUGUGAAGCCAAAGAACCAGAGGGUGUCCCGGAAGCACCGGUGGCUUUCCCAGGAUCGCCAGAAUGAGCCAGGCAGCUUUGAGAGGCAGCCUUCCCUGGACCAGAACGGGCAGCCAGGAGAAGACAAGCACAUUUGGCAUGAAGAGGAACCAGAACCUCUGGAUUCCCGCGAAGACAAAAGACUCCAGGAAGAGUAUUGGCGGGAACUUGAAGCCAAGUGCAAGCGGCAAAAAGCAGAGGCAGCUGAGAAGAGGCGCCUGGAAGAGGAGAGGCGGCAGGCGCUGGAGAGGAGGCUUUGGGAGGAGAGUCUGAAAGAGGAGCUGCUGGAGGAGGAGGAGCUGCAGCUAGAGGCAGGGAAGGCACCUCCAGGAGAAGGGCAGCAGUCGGGUCUAGAGGAGCAGGGAGGUGCAGAGUUGGGGGAAGCCGACGACCCUGCGAGCCCGGAGGCUGAAAAGCGCAGGCAUGAGCAGGAAGAUGCUGAGAGGCACGAGGAGGCACUAAGGCAGUGGGAUGCCCAGAGGCAGGCAGAGAAACUGAGGCAGUGCGAGGCCGAGAGGCAGGAAGAGGAGCUGAGGCAGCAGGAUGCCCAGAGGCAGGAAGAGGAACUGAGGCAACUGGAGGCCCAGAGGCAGGAGGAGGAACUGAGGCAGCUCGAGGCCCAGAGGCAGGCAGAAGAACUGAGGCAGCUCGAGGCCCAGAGGCAGCAUGCUCAGGAGGAGGAGGCCAGGAAGAUGCUGCAGGACCUGAGGCAGGAAGAAGAGGAGGAGGCCAAGUACACGGAAGAGCUGAAAGUAUGGGAAAUGGAGGCGCCAGGGCUGCAGAUGGGCGAAAGCCCACGGAGUCCAGAAGGAGAGAGCCAGCCUCAGCUAGGGGAGUACGCUAAUCAGCAAAGCCCAUUGCAGCGGGACUUUGAGAAGCCAGAGGAACAAGAAAACCUCGAAUCCGUGGGACAGAAAGUGAUGGCCCAGGAGCAGAAGGAAGAGGCUAAGACGACCAGCGAGCCAGAUGGGCAGAGGGAAGACUUGGGCACGGAGUGCAGUGAUGUAGACGUGGAGGGGAGAGAAGCCACUCAGACAGAUAUCCCCCUGCCACAAGAGGGGCAGAUGGGCAGAGCGGCGGCCUCAGAAGACAAGAACGAAGCUGUCGCUGCAGAUAAGGACCGAAAUCUGGAGGAGCUCCGGUGGCAGGAGGUAGAAGAGCGGCAGACCAUGCCCCGACCCUACACAUUCCAGGUGUCCUCCGGGAGUAGGCAGAUUCUCUUCCCCAAAGUCAACCUGAGCCCAGUGACACCCGCCAAGGACGCAGGCCUGGCCCCAGUGGCCCAGGAACCGCCUGUGCCCAGUGGUGCCACCCCGCACGCACUGCCCUCGGCGCUCAGCAUCCCACACACAGCCAUUCUGGUCACUGGAGCGCAGCUCUGCGGCCCUGCGGUCAACCUGAGCCAGAUCAAGGACACGGCGUGCAAAUCCCUUCUAGGCCUGUCAGAAGAAAAGCGGCAGAUGGAUGUCCCCACGGUGGAACCCAGGGCCACCAGCGGCAAGGCCAGGCCUCCCCCGGAGUCGCCAAGCAAUGCCACUGCGCUAGCCGAGUGGGCGUCCAUUCGAUCAAGGAUCCUGAAGAACGCAGACGGUGACCAACGGAGUGACAGAGAGCCGGCCAAAGCCGGGGACGAGCCUGCUUCCCGAGCGCGGUGCGAUUCCCGAGGGAACAUGCGCAGGACGCAGCCAGUCAAGUUCUCCAUCAUGCCGGCCUGGCAGAAAUUCUCGGACGGAGGCUCAGAGACCUCCAAACAGAGCCUGGACGGUGAAGGCAUGAGGAAAAGAUCCUGGCCAGCAGCAGGUGAAGAAACAACGCCUCCGCCUCUGCCUGUGGCUCCGGAGCCUCGGAAGAGCCUGGAGAAGCAGGAGGUGAGCCAGGAGCCAGACACCACCGACGGAUGCAAAUUUGCCAAAGACCUUCCAUCUUUCCUCGUUCCAGGUCUGCCUUCUCCGCAGAAAGCUGCUUCCCGCACAGGGUCCACGACCACUUUGGACAGUGAGACCACGGGUGAUGUCGGAAAGCCAGACCUUGUGAUCUCGGGAGGUGAGGAAAAGGCCUCGCCCUUCGGAAUAAAGCUGAGAAGGACCAACUACUCCUUGCGCUUCCACUGUGACCAGCAAGCCGAACAGAAGAAGAAAAAGAGGCACAGCAGCACGGGAGACACUUUGGAUGGUGGCACCCCCGCAACCGGGAGCGACCCUGGAGAGAAAGAGUCUGAAGUUGCGACCCCCAAGCAUGGCACAUCCCACCCCCAGGAGAAAAAGCCAACCCUAGCCCCUCGAAGGGACUCUGCCGAAAGCCCUUCUAGCGGUCACUCUGUUGCUGUAGCCCACUCGGGGCUUCCACAAGGUAGCCAGACCCCAGCUCCAGAGCAGGACAAGGCAGCAAGCAAAACGCCACCGAUGCAGAAGCCGGCCCUGGCUCCCAAGCCUACCAGCCAGACGCCACCUUCUUCCCCAUUCUCCAAACUGAGCAGACCUCACUUAAUAGAGCUACUUGCUAGGCGCACUGGGAAGGUGGAUUCCGAACCGAGUGGGGCCUUCAAGAGCCAGGAGAGCAGUGAUAACCAGCCACCCUCACCAUCACUGCCAGAGGAGCUGAAGGGACAGAAGAAGGACGAGGAAGAGGUGCCGGAAAAGAAACCCGCUUCCCCGCCUCCAUCAGCCAGCCAGCAAGAGAGACCUUCCUUGACUCCUGAGACAGGCAGAAAAGAGAAGCCCGUGCUCCAGAGCAGGCACUCUGUAGAUGGCUCCAAAUUAACAGAGAAAGGUGAAGCUGCUCAGCCGCUGUGGAUAACGUUGGCGCUGCAAAAGCAAAAGGGCUUUCGUGAGCAGCAGGCGACUCGAGAGGAGAGGAAGCAAGCCCGGGAGGCCAAGCAAGCAGAGAAGCUCUGUAAAGAAACUGUCAGUGUCAGCCCGCAGCCUGGAAGCAGAGCCGGUUCCCUGCACAAGUCUGCCACUCCGUCAGAAGAGAAGAAGCCUGAAACUGCCGUGUCCAGGCUCCAGCGCAGAGAACAGCUGAAGAAGGCCAACACUCUUCCCACAUCCGUGACAGUGGAGAUCUCAGACUCUGCGCCCCCAGCACCGCCGGUAAAGGAGGUCACCAAGAGGUUCUCCACCCCAGACGCUGCCCCCGUGUCUACAGAACCUGCCUGGCUGGCUUUGGCCAAGAGAAAAGCAAAGGCCUGGAGCGACUGCCCACAAAUCAUUAAGUAAACAGUGACUCUUUCCCAUGUCUGUGGCCAGUUGCUGGCUCUUCUCUUGCCCUUUUUAUUUAUUUAUUUUUUUAUAUGCGGUAAAGAAACCAAGUUAGGGAAAAGAAGCAUGUUUUAUAGGCUCUAAAAUAAUGUUUAGAAACUGCACUGGUGGUGUUCGUUGUAAAGAGUGUAUUUGCACAACCCUGGGUCCUGGUGCCUUGAGCUCCCCUAGUUCUCAAGAGACAGUUUUGGCUGAGGGACCACAUGAAGCAAAAUCUGCAAAGGAGAACUCGGGAGAGCCUGCCAUGCCCAUCUGUGCCCAUCUAAAUCUGCAAAGGAGAGCUCAGGAGAGCCUGCCAUGCCCCCUAUGGUUCCCACAUACACAUGCACACCCACGCACCAUUUCAGAUAUCCUUUUGCCAAUCUCUUUACUCUAUUUUUUUUUUUUGGAUUCUCUACUCUUCUACCCCAAAUAUUUACCCUACUGCGCUUGCAUAUGGAACAGUGACAGGUUCACGUGUACAUAAAACAUGGUAUCACUCACUCUCCUGGAUGCAGCGACUGGAAGAAUAAGGAAAAGCUGGCCCCAAGCUCUGUGCCUAUAUCUGGUUUUCAUGACGUUUUCCCCACCCUAAAACCAAAACACACUCAUACUGACUGAUCCAUGGUGUGCCCUGUUACAGCAAUGCCCUCUUUAAAGACACAAGGACUGUCUGGCCUAGCUGGCUCCUAAGGAACAAAUCCUGGAUCAGGACUGUCACUGAGAAGACUCCUCAUGUAGCGCAGUGGCUCUCCAGCAGCCAGGGCGGCACUCCCAGAUCCGGGAGCACAGGGCUUAGGAUAGAGAUUUUAGGAGAAACCUUUCAGAUGAAUUCUGAUGUCAUUUCAAAAGUUAACCACCUGGUGUAAUCUAGCUUUUCACGUUAUGAAGAGAAGGCUUAUCCACCCAAAGAUGCAAACGUGAGACAAGAAAAUAAAACCAUCACCCAAACCAGCCAUUUAUGUACGAUAGUUUAGGUUGUUGGCAUUACAUGCCUCUGAAAUUUCCCCUUGGCCUUAAGGGAAAAUGAACAAGCCAAGAUGUGUAACCUAUUUGUUCUAAGGACUUCUUGUAGAGAAUUUUUUGUUCCUUUCUUGUACUUGAAUAAUUCAGAGUCGAAUGUUCCAAAGCAUUUACAAUGUAGAGCAUUCACCUUGAUACCUUUAAAAGAAGAAGCAUCUCAGAGUUUUACGUGGCCUUGUUAUCAUACACAUGUGCACACAAAGAAGGGACUUGGCAGUGUCAAAGCCACAUGUAUUUAUGUUUAUUUCUCUAGAUUUGCUUUACAUGACACUAGACAUACCAGCAAAUGCCUAUAUACUGCUGGCGAUCACUUUGUAUUUCCUGGUGUUGGCAUAGUUUCCUUUUCUAGGUGUAGGAUCUUAGCCCAGUGCAGGGGACCUGCAUCCCUUUUGGUCUCCCGCACUAACAUAUUUUAUAGCAUACAUCACUCCUUUUCCUCUGUGCUUACUCAAUAUGCAAUGUGCUGUCAUUCUGUCUAUUCCGCAGGAUGACAGGGAUGCUGUUUACCAUAUAGAAACCAUUUUCUCUCUAGAAACAGUGGCUCAGCUUCAUGAAGCAGCUGGCAUGUGUGGUCAAGUGGAUAGCUGAACUAUUGCAAGCUGGACUUAGUAUUGUAUCUACUGGACCUUCAGACUGUUAAGAAUCAAUGUAACUUUUCUGUUGUUGUUACUACUGUUGUAAGCAACUAAUAUUCUACUGCACGUUUCCCACACUGGUAUUCAUUUCUAAAUCUUAUAUGUAGACAGUUGUUAGUUCAAUAAUUUCCUCACUGAUAGAACACUUUUGAAUGGGAAUCUUCCCACCCAAAGCCCUAAAAUUAUAGAAUGGGAAUCUUUCCACAAAAAGCCCUAGAAUUAUAGAAUGGGAAUCUUCCCACACAAAGCUCUAGAAUCGUAGAAUGGGAAUCUUUCCACACAAAGCUCUAGAAUUAUAGUGCCACAGUGAUUCUUCCAAACUGGCUUCUUCCUCCGUCCUCUCAGCUUUGGCCAGCACCACAGUCAUGGCAGCGAACAGGUACAGAAAUAAGAUGGCUAAGGAAGAAUAGGGCUGGGCAUGGUGGUGCAUGCCUUUACCCUCGCACUUGGGAGGCAGACGCAGGUGGAUCUCAGUGUGUUCAAGGCCAGCCUGGUCUACAUAAUGAGUUCCAGGCUAGCCAAGGCUCCAUAGUGGAGUCCCCAUCUUAAAACAAAUUAAAGACUAGUAGAUGUGUUCAUACUGACUCGAUACCAUGAGCCCACACACAGUACAAGAAAUAGCGUAGUUAAAAAUGCCCCACCAAUAUCUUUAAAGAAGAAUCUACUGAGGAACGGGCGGUCGUCAUUCUUGCUGAAAAAGCACAUGCUCAACAUUACAUUUCCAAGUCACCCAAACCUGCACUGAGUACCAAGGAAGUGUUAUUCUGCUUCAGUUGUGUUGCGCUUGUCUGAGCAACAAACUAUGGGGAAAUUCUGUGAAAACAAAAGUUCAAGACUUUUUUUUUAAUGAAUGACUGCUAUAUUAAAUAUACAAGCUUUUUAAAUUUAAACACACUUCUGACAAGGUUAUAUAGGUGAUUAACCUCUGUUCAUAGACUUACAUAUGGAAGUAGAGUUUUUGUUUACUUUAAAGAUGUUUCAAGUGCAAUUGUUUCUUAUAAAACAUGAUUGAUUACCAUGAAAUUCUCACUUUAGCUGAUCAUCUACAAAUGUAUAGUAUGUAUCAACCGUCUCUUCUUGUGAUGUUUAGUUUGCUUAUUUUAAAGCAGCAACAUUAGCUACAAGUGUCUUGCAAUAUUUUUACCAACAAUAAAAUUAAGUAGAUACUUAAUAAAAA